AUGCAGCAAGCAAUCGCUCAACCCGGCUCAAUCAAGAUCAACGUUACUGGAGCGUAUAUCAUCAACCAUGAAGAUGAAGACAAUUCACCAGACCGAUCGCCGACCAGCAGUCAUUCAGAGGCCGACGAACAUUCUUAUCAGCACCAUAAGCGUGACAUCAGAUUACCAAAUCAUACGGCUACUGUGAGCCAUGUUGCAGCUGACAUUGGCGGCUCUCUCGCCAAGGUCGUCUAUUUCACGCGCGAGAAUGGCAACGGCGAAUCGGGAGGCAGGCUCAAUUUCCUUUCCUUUGAGACUGAGAAAAUCGAUGACUGCAUUGAAUACCUGCGGCUCCUGCAGAUUAAGCAUCAGCGGAUCAACGGUACGGAUCAGGCCACGAAGCUCAGUAUUAUGGCUACGGGAGGAGGCGCUUUCAAAUUCUAUGACCGGAUUCGAGAACGGCUCGGAGUGGAAGUCGAGCGAGAAGACGAAAUGGAGUGCCUGAUCAAAGGCUUGGAUUUCUUCAUAACGCAAAUACCGAAUGAGGUUUUCACAUACAACGACAGUGUUCCGGAGAACCCAAUGACGUUUCAAGAGCCUAAAGAAGACGUGUAUCCUUAUCUGUUGGUCAACAUUGGCAGUGGCGUUUCUAUGAUCAAGGUGUCCGGUCCUUCAGAAUUUCAGCGCAUUGGCGGUACAUCAUUGGGAGGCGGUACAUUGUGGGGUCUACUUUCAUUGCUGACUGGAGCUCGAAAUUUUGAUGACAUGCUGGAUAUGGCGGAUAAAGGCGACAACAGCUCCGUGGACUUGCUUGUCGGCGACAUCUAUGGUGAGGGCAUGGGUUACGAGAAGAUUGGCCUAAGCGAAAGGACCAUUGCGAGUAGUUUCGGCAAAGUCUUAAAGCGCAAACGAGAAGCCGAACGGUUGGCUGAGGACGGCAACGGCAUCAGCAAUGGCGAACACACCAACGGCCUGGUUGGAGAUGGCAGAAUGUUCAAGCCUGAAGACAUCUCGCGUAGCUUGCUUUACGCCAUCAGCAACAACAUCGGCCAGAUCUCUUUCUUGCAAUCCGAGAGACACGACUUGAAGCGGAUAUACUUCGGGGGAUCAUUUAUUCGAGGUCACCAGCAGACUAUACACACGUUGUCAUUCGCCAUCAAAUUCUGGAGCAAAGGAACGAAGCAAGCCUUCUUCCUGCGACAUGAAGGCUAUCUCGGCGCAGUAGGGGCCUUCGUAAAGCGGAAGCCGGUGAAUUGGGGCCGGAGUCGAAGUGUAGAGCCAAAUGAGCAGCAAGGAAUCUAG